CUGAUCUUUAUUCUUUCUGCAACAGUUUUGCCGCUAAGAGGUUCAAAGGGUUUAGGGUGUAAGCAAUAUUUUUCUGCAGAGAAAGACUAAGUUGAUCUUUUUGGACGGAUAAGAAGGAAAGAAAGAUGAAAGGCAACGGAAUUACUAAGCGUUCACAGAGAGGGCGAAGGAAUUUUCUGAAAGCGCUGCGAAAUUAUUUGAUGUCGGAUUCAUACAUGUAUGGCGCCCUGAUUAACCCUAACAAUUAUAGUGCUUCUUCAGAUGCUACUGCGCUCACCAGGACACAAGGAACUUUUUGGCAAGCAAAAAAAACUAGUGUUACUUUAUCAUCUGCAAAAUUUCACACGUCCUUGAAACCAUUGGCGAGUCAUUCAAAUGAGACUGACAUUCCAAUUACUCAUGACAAUCAUGAUGCAAACUGUCAGGAUGUUCCUAUAGAAAAGACUGAAAAGGUCAAGCAUGUAAUUGAACAUUCUGCAUCUCCAUCAACAAUAGAUCACACCAAUCAAACUGGUAAACCAACCGCAGUCACUAAAAGGCAUCUUGAAAAUGUGAAGAGAACUUCCCGGAAGAAAAGUAGUUAAGAUUUAUCUCCUCUGGUUCUCUAGUGUCGUAGCGGGUACACCAGAUAUUCCUCCCAGGUAAAUGUAAUGUAAGUAACAUCCUAAUAAUGAUUUUGAUUAUGAAAUGGGAACUUUUAUUGUAUUUAUGCCUCAAAAAUUGUGUCUCCUCCCUGAGAUAUAAUGUAUUCGUGGAAGAAAGGUUGCCAUAUUCAUUGAAAAAUGAUUUUGAAUUCAAAGCAUGAAAUUGUAAUUAACAAAUAAUAAAUUCAUUCUUUUAGGGUAA